AUGAACUCCACACAAUGUGUGAUCGAGCCCAAUCCCGACGUGACAGGAACUGGAAUCCGAGCCUCCAUCUACACCCUCUGCCUCGGCGGCACUGUUGUGAGCUACCUCCUCCGAGUCCUCCACCCAGGAGAAGAUGAAGCCGAGUUCUCGCGCGGCGUAUCGGCUGCGCUGGGCAUGCAAGGACUCGCAUUACUUUGCACAGCAAUCUACCAGACCUUCCGCAACGACAUGACACUCUUCCACGCCAUCUGCGUGAUCCACCUUCUCGCCCUGCUAGGGCUGGACCUGAUCAGCAAAGGCCGAUAUGCAGGCUUCGGACCUUGGCGUCUUUGGUUCUUUGCCAUUAUUCGAAUAGUCGCACUGGGUGCCUUCAUCGCCUUCAACGCAUUUCUGUGGGUUACUGCGCCGCAUUUUGGGAGCCAGCCUGAGUGCAAUCUAGAUACGGUCUAUGUUGUGUUUGGAGUCAGCAUCAAGGCUGUUUCGCCAGUUUUUCGGUAUAUCAUUCUCGGAACUCUUGGUGUUGUCGCUGGAACUUUCGUUCUCGUGUACUCCUGCCUGAUGCCCUGUCUCUGUGUGAAGUGGGUUCGACAGCGUCGGCAUAUGAAGAAGGUUGGCCUGGCAGGCCAAAAGCGGAGUCGGGUCAGGUGGUUUGUGAGCAGCUCUUCUGCAGAAAAUACUGACGAUGGUCCUCCACAGCGUUUAUCAGGUCAAGCCUUGUUAAACUUCACUAUUAACAAAGCAGCAUACUGCAGUGUCUGUAUAUAUCUGAUUGUGUCACUGGAACAGACCAUUCAACGCAAUACUCUCGAUUCCGAGGAGGAAGGCUGGACUUUUGGUCAAGUGAUUGCGAUUUUUCUAUUGCUGGGUGUUGGGAAUGAGUUGUUGAAUGUCAUUUUGGCGAGUUGGGAUCGUCAGAUUCGCCCUGAAAGCAACCCGGGGCUAGGUGGAACAGGGUCUAGUGGACCGUGA